AUGUGUCCGUGGUGUGGCAGUGCUCAAGAAACGAUUGGCCAUGCUCUUUUGUUCUGUCCGGUGGUGCGGAGGUGGUGGUUUGCUUCUUCCCUGGGUCUGCGAUUGGACAGUGAGGUUGAUUUUCAUGAGUUCGUGGUUGCCUUGUUCUCGGAAGCUGAGAUGUCUGUUGUUGCUGUGUUUUGUCAACUUUGUUAUACCAUUUGGGAGGCCAGAAACAAGUUAAUUUAUGACGGGGUGCAAGCUUCAACCGAGGUGAUUUUGUCUCGUGCUGCUGGCCUUGCGUCUACGACUGGUGUGGCGCCUGCUCCCCUGCGUGAUGGAGCUGUUAGAGCUGUGUGGACCGGGCCUAAUGAGGAUACCAUCAAGGUCAAUUUCGAUGCAGCUUGGGCUGAUACCAGAGGUGCUAGCUGCGGGAUGGUGGCAAGGAAUGGAGCGGGAGAGGUUAUGGCAGCUGCAACUAGGCCAGGGGUCGAUGUGCUCUCUCCUCUUCUAGCCGAGGCAGCAGCGUUCCGGUGGGUGAUGGUGCUGUCAAUGGAGCUCGGGUUCAGGACUGUCAACUUUGAAACCGACUUCAAGCUACUCUAUGAUGCUUGGCGUAUGAAGAAUUUGGGUUCAUCUUAUUUGUUUGCUCUUUUGUCUGAUUGUAAGGAUUUGGUCCAGUUUUUUGAUUUUUGUUCUCUCUCGUUUGUUCGUAGAACUGGUAAUAAGGUUGCUGAUUUCUUGGCUAAGCGAGCGGGGGACUUUGGUGAUUCGGUUUGGAUCGAUGAAGUUCCCCAGGCCGCUAUGCAGUUGAUUUUGGAUGAUGUAAGGGCCCUUGUGCCCAGCUGA